CUCAAGGGAAAUAAAAACUCGCAUUUGGGAGUAAUUUAAGAUGAAUUUAAGCACGAAUGAAGACUUUUAGGGGCACUAGAGCGGAGAGGAGGAGGAAGAGGAGGAGGAAGUGUUUUGGUCGCGGGGUAUUUUUCCCCAAACAGUUGAGCAGGGGUUAAUAAUCCCUCAUUUCCCUCAUGGACCUCGGUGGCAGCAGUCCGCGAAAUUUCCAGUAUGCAUGAACACAAGCUGGGAGCUGCUUUCUUCAACCCAGUGGGACUGACGCAACUUUCAGACUGAACUUCACGCCUGUUCGCCUGUUUUGUUUUGUUUUGUGACGGAUGUUUAACUCUUAUCAGAAUAUACAUUUUUGUUGUCAUCACUGCAGUGGAACCGUUUAUAUUAAGCGGAGGGAGGGGAAGGACUGCCCCGUGCAAUAAAUAACUUGUGUAAAAUGUGAGGUGUGCACCGCGUCCUGCUGUACGAGCCGCUUCAGUCCCGCUGACAACGUGACACCACCGGGAAACUCAGUUUAUUUUGGAGCCUAAAACCUGUUUUAAAUAUGGACACAAUGUGUUUAAAAAUUCAGUGCAUUCUAGUUUUCUUCACUUUUUGUGUGCAAGAGGGAUUAUCAGCGGAUUAUGCAGCGCGCUUUGGAGAAAAUAUACUUUUACAGAGAGUAAAACGUCAAAGCAAACCAACAAAACCAGUGCUGAAGGUGACAGACUACCACGUGAAGUGUUCGGUGGUGUCCCGCUACGCUGUUACCACAGUCCAGAGUUCAGUAUGGAACCAGCUUGCCAUCACUAAAGAGGCUGCCUUUGAGGUGGACCUGCCCUCCUCUGCUUUCAUCUCCAACUUCACCAUCACCUCCAAUGGCAAGGUGUAUGUGGCCCAGGUGAAGGAAAGAGCCGCUGCCAGGAAAAUUUACGACGCUGCUAAGAAGCAAGGAAAAACAGCCGGACUUGUCGCUACCAAAGAGAGGGAGAUUGAGAAGUUUCGUGUGGCAGUAAGUGUGCCGUCAGGAGCUCGGAUGUUCUUCUCCCUGUCCUAUGAGGAGCUGUUACUUCGCCGACUUGGCCGCUAUGAGCUCAGUUUGGGUCUGAGGCCAGGACAGCCUGUCCAGAACCUCACAUUAGACGUCAGUAUAACAGAGCGAACAGGCAUCAGUUUCAUCAAGGUCUUUCCGCUCAAGACAAGCCGACUGCUCUCCAACACCGCUCAAGGUGAUGCAGACGCCCCCGCGUCCACCCAUGUUGAGCGGAGUGCCAGCUGUGCUCGAGUUCACUACAGUCCCACUCUGCAGCACCAGAACAGCAUCUCCUCUAAGGGUCUUGAUGCAGACUUCAUCAUUCACUAUGAUGUAGACCUCAGAGACCCCAUGGGUGAUGUCCAGGUGCAUGAUGGCUACUUUGUGCAUUACUUUGCACCCAGAGGACUUCCUGUGGUUCCUAAAGAUGUUAUAUUUGUCAUUGACGUCAGUGGCUCCAUGAUAGGCACCAAAAUAAAACAGACCAAGCAGGCCAUGAGCACCAUCCUCGGGGACCUUAGAGAGGGAGACCACUUUAACAUCAUCACCUUCUCAGACAAGGUUCACACUUGGAAGAAAGGACGAACAGUGCGGGCAACUCGGCAGAAUGUACGAGAUGCCAAAGACUUUGUAAAAAGGAUUAUUGCAGAAGGAUGGACCAAUAUCAAUGCAGCUCUGCUUUCAGCUGCCCAGCUCGUCAACCCAACAUCCUCUGGCUCUUCCAGCCAUCUCUCAUCCCGUCGUGUCCCUCUGGUCAUUUUCCUCACUGAUGGGGAGGCAACAAUCGGAGUUACAGCCGGUGACACCAUCCUAAGUAACGCUAAGAAGGCGCUAGGCUCGGCCUCUCUGUUCGGCCUUGCCUUUGGAGAUGAUGCAGACUUCCUUCUUCUGAAACGUCUGGCUCUGGAUAACCGAGGCGUAGCUCGGAUGGUGUACGAGGAUGCAGAUGCAGCCUUGCAGCUGAAGGGUUUCUAUGAUGAAGUGGCCAGCCCUUUGCUAUCAGACAUCCAGCUGUCCUACCUGGAUGAACAAGCGUUUGACAUCACCCGCUCCCUGUUCCCAAACUACUUCCAAGGCUCUGAGUUGGUGGUGGCUGGGAGAGUUAAACCAGGGCUCAAGGAUUUAAAAGUGUCAAUGUCCGCCACUGAUUCAAAGCAGCGUGUCAAGUUGGAGAAUGAUGUGUUGAUUUCUCACACAAAGGGGAAUGGGACAGCAGAUUCACUAGACUGUUCAGGACGUUUAGAAGGAAUUUCCAGCUUUGUGCAUCGUCUCUGGGCAUAUUUCACCAUCAAAGAGCUGCUACUGGCCAAACUGAAUACAACUGACCCUGCCACUCAGAGGUUACUGGCAGACAAGGCCACAAACCUCUCCCUAAAGUAUAACUUUGUGACACCGGUCACAUCUUUAGUUGUAGUUAAGCCAGAUGCAGAUGAAGCAGCUCAAACUCCAACCACUGUAAAACCCACCACUGCAGCUACUAUAACCACGACGGCAACUACUACUGCUAUGUCCAAAAUAUCAGCUGCUGGUGCUGCAAAGAAGCCAAACUCACCCUCUAACACAAGGCCAAACAAAAAACCAGACCCUCCUCAGCCACCUCCCAGACACCCUACACCACAACCGAAAAAAACAUCAUUGCCACUUUCCCCAGCAAAAACCGUGGUUUCACCAUCCAAGAAAACCACAACAACUUCAAGUCCCGGCUCCACCAAAACUGCUCCAGCACCACUCUCUGGUAAAAAGCCCACUCCUUCCCGUAAUGAUUCUAAAACUGCCUCUCCUCCUCCUGCUGGGAAGAUAUCCACCUCUCUGCUUAAUGCUCUAAAAACAGCGUCGCCUCCUGCACCUGGAAAAAUCUCCACCCCCCAGCCCAUGAAAACAAUCCCACCCUCAACAACAACCACCACCACUACCACCACCACAAUGCUAACAUUCAGCAGCAGCACCACACCUCCUCUCAGUUCAGUCAGAACUGACGCUGCACCCCUGCCCGGGAGACUCCUUACUCCACAGCCCAGUACAGUGAGGACAGCUCUGCCUCUUGUCAAAGCGGCUGCGUCCUCCAUGGAGGCAGAGAACAGCACCACACCCGCCACAGGUGUUCCUCAGCCUGAAAUCACCACCACCGCUCUGCCCGAGCUGUUGUCUCCGCUCACCCCUCCCACCCCGGCUCCGGCUCCGGCUUUGGAAGACAACAACACAAUCUCAGGCGUGGAUGUAGACCUGAGCAUCGCCACCCUGGUGUCGGCUACUUUUGCUCCCAUGCCUGGUGUAACAGAUGGGCCAAGACUGUGGGAGGCAGCAGGGCUUCUGGAUGUCUCUACCUCCAUUCAGAUUCAGAGAAAAGAUAUUGACCUUGUGAAAGACUAUGAUGCAACCUAUGACUAUGACUACGAUCUCAGCUAUGAUGCCUGGGAUGAUAGUGCAGACACGGGAUCAUUUGUGCUUGGGAGUGAGGAGGACUGUCCUUUAGUUGAAUGUCUUAUGCUUUUAGAGCCUCCGUCCAGGCUGAGCACCAUCAGGGUCUUCUCCUCAUCAGUCGAUGGAGAUCCUCAUUUUGUGGUCCAGUUGCCAAAGCUGCAUCAGAACCUCUGUUUCACAGUAGACGGCAGGGCUAAUGACAUUCUCAGACUGUUAGAGGACCCAAAGAGAGGGCUCAUUGUGGAUGGUCAUCUAGUGGGGGCUCCCCCCAAGCACGGCUCAGAGGAGCGCCCCCGAACCUACUUUGACAGGCUCACCAUCUCCUCAGCCACGGGCGACUCUGGUGACAUUAUGAUCACACUCUCAUUGGACGCUGUAGUGGUGGAAGGGGAAGGGCAGGAUAUCCUCCCCAUCAAUCAGCAGGGAUCAGUGACAAGGCAGGGUGUGACGGUUGCUGUGGACAACCAUCGGAGCUGCUGGAUUGAGUUGGCCAAGGAUGUGCGCUUCCUGGUUCUGUUCCACCAUUACAAACACCCCAGCUACCUACAAAUGGCUCACCUGGGUUUUUAUAUCACACAUGGACGUGGGCUGUCUGCCUUAACCCAAGGCCUGCUCGGCCAGUUUCAGCAUGCUGACAUGAGCAUAACAGCAGUGAACGAUCAUCUGGAUGGAGGUGCUCACCGAGCUAACAAGGAGGGAAUGUUAGCCAAUUCUGGGAUCCUGAGGUGGGGAUCGGAGCACAUGCCAGUCACUUUGCAAGACAAGACGCUCAAAGACACGGUGCGAAAACGCCACUUAGGAAAGUGUUGGGUGGUGCCCAAGGCAGAAGUAGAGAGACUACUGGGUCAUCCGUAUGAGAGCUACGUGGUGGAUCAAGUGUAAUUCUAGCUGAGUCAGCUUUGCCUUGUUGCCUCACUGCCGCACAGCUCAGGUCACAGCAAUUAUUACGGCAUGGUUAUUGGACAAAGGAUGAGCAAGAAGUAGGACUCCACGGGUCUAAAAUGACAUGUUGCCACAGUGUAAUAUUCUGUAAGGAGCAGUGAAACACAGGUGUGGUUGCAAAAGAAGAAAAGUGGGGGUGACAGAUUAGAGACUACAGUGAAAGACAAAGCUGCAAAUACAGGAAUUACGAGGAUGGUUGUAUGGUUCUACAUAUAAUAUGGUUAAGGACUGAGCGAUGCCGUUGUGCCUUAACCAUCACUGAAUUUGAAUUAGAUUCAAGCUCUGUGUUUCUGUGUAUCUAUGACAGAGACGCAAUGUUCUCCUGUUCGCAUGGCAACCACAAGAUGUCUAUUUGUGUUGCAGCAGUUUGCUCCCAAAUAUCUUGCACACUAAUAUUGUUCACAACUUCAAAGAUAUCCGUCUUAUAUUUUCAUCAUGCAGUGAUUAUUAGGUAAUGACAGAUUUUUCUAUUUCAGAAUGAUUUGUAAUUAAAAAUUGUAUCAUUUUUGUGAGUUGUAUUUUUAGUACACAAGUGUAUAUAAGCUAUUAUUGUAUGUAUGUAAAGAUAAUCUUACCCCUAAAAGGUUACUCACCUGGAUGUAGUGAUUGCAUCUUCAAAAAGUAACAAAAUCAGGGUCUUUCCAGGUUUGCCAUGUGCUUUUUAUUUUUCUAUCAUUUCAUUCGCAGUUUAAUUCAUUUUAUUUGUUACACAAGACAUUAGGCAUUGUUCACAUACUAGUGAUCAAACAAGGACAGUAAGUUUUCUACUACUCAGCCUGAACUAUUUCUUUUGUCAAUUUCAAGGGAUAUUGUCAAUAGUGGUUUUCAAAGGCCAAACUGGAUGGAAAUUAAAACAGUACAACCACACAUGAGGCUUUUUGUUUUCAAUAAAUAAAAAAAAGAGAGGACAGUAUCUGAUGUUGAGGAAGGGCGGGGGAAGGAGGGAAGGCUUCAAAUAUAUCUAUGUUCAAAGAGUAAACAGUAUUCCAGUUUUUAUCAGAUAACAUGUUUCCAGGAUGAAGACCACACACAAAGUUGAACGAUGCACAGUGUGAGAUUGUUGUGAAUACACAGCUGUAUCGAUUUUCAUUUCUGCUCGAUGCUCAGACUGCUGCUGUUAUCCUUCCAUCAAAACCUGUUUCUUAAGAAUGCUAAUAAUCAUAUUAAACCAUGAUGCAACACUGGAAUGAUCACUGAAUAAGGUAAACAUAACACAUAACACAGCAAAUAACAAAACGAAAACAAAUAAUUUCGGUGUGCAUCACUUUUUUUUUUAAAAUCCAUUUUAUCAUCAGAACAUAAACUAAUAGCAUAGCAUAUUCAGCAUUUGACGUAAACCUUCCACAAUACGUCAGUGAAAUUCGAAUAAAUAGAGCAUAACAAUAAGACACGUCAACACCCCAAACACGCAAUAACUUUGUUUAGAGUUGUUAAGGGAUUGGUCGCGGUGGAUAAAGUGAAAUGGAACUGCUUCAGUGUUUUAAAAAGGAAACUAUUAGAUCGUCUCAUCUGUUGUUGAUGUGUAACAAGCCAAGCCAAAGAUCAAUCCGGCUGUUAGGGUGCAGCGAUAUGAGGAAGUGCCUCGACUCCGUUGUACAAUAACAGCCCUGAUUUGGUUGAAAACAAUAUCCCUUCUAUAGUAUUCAGUCAGCUUUACAGAGAAACAUACACUACUUAACUGUACUUUAAACGUUGUCAGCAAGUUUUGCCAAUAACAGCAACACCAUUUUUGGCACAAGACAGACCUGCCACUAACGGUUAGAUAAACAAAGCAGUCAAUUUUCUUUUUUUUUAAUAGGGCCCAAACAUUUGAACAAGACCCCAAAUUAAGGCUACAACCAAUCAAAAAAAAGCUUCUUGGUUCAUUCUUAUGGGGUGGCACUUGUAACUGUGGCUUCGUACUUAUGCUAUGCUACAGAAUCUUUUAAAGUUAGGGGAGCGUCCGGCUUUUCACUCUAUUUAACAACUGCAAUUUUUCAUAGGAUUUUGUCUCUAAGGGAUCGACUUUAUCUCAAUGACAUACACAAGGGUUGAAACAACCAAGACACAAUCUGGUGCUUUCACUAUUAGCCGAAAUUUCAGUCUUCGCCCUCUUCACUCAAAAGUGAAACUUUCCAAAUAUCAAAUCCAAAACAUUCCCCACAUACAUUCUUUCCUCCACGGCACACCUUCUCGCAUCUCGACAACUUCAAUCAGCCGUAAUCAGCCUCGUUUCCAUCACUCGUUCCAAAUCUCACCGAAUACUUCACUGAAAGCCUCACCUGACACUAGACAAAUCCAUUCCCAUGCCUCUUUUUGCUCCUGACAUUCCCUUUUUUUUUUUAACUUGAAGACCACAGUUUAAACCUCAGCUCUGUAAACGUCAUAACUUCAGCCAGUGAAAUGUGCACCAAAUAUAUAGAAAUAAAACUCUUCAAUAAUUUAAAAUGUUAGAAAGUAAACUAUUCAAAUUUAAAACUGACAUCACACAACAGAGAUAAAACAAAGGAACUGUUUUUUGUUUUUUUUUUGAGGGUGGAGGGGUGAGGUGGG